GCGCUUUGAGAUAGUUAAUGGUGUCACUGAAGUUGAAGGAAUAGCAGAGGAGAAACCUGCAGGUGCUGAAGAGGAUGAAGUUUUGUAGAAAAAGGAGUACCUGCUUUUUAGCUCAAUGCAAUGAAAAACAAUGAGAAGAGCAAGGGAACAACCAGUAACUGAAGAGAUGCAAGGUUGGGGAAUGACUUCUGAGGCAUUGAGGUUUGAAUGAUCUCUUAAGUUCUUCCGCUUCCUUGAUUACUAUUUGAGUUUGGAUACUUGGAUUGAAUGCAAUGGUUGAGUUGGUAAGAAAGUUCAUUAUCAAGAUUAUGAUAUUUGCAAAAGUUUCUACUGAUGCUUUCUGUCGUUAAUUGGUCUGGAGACAAUAUCUUCAAAGUGGUGGAGGAAAAAUUAAUUUUAGUGAAAGUGGAUAGUGCCUCUGAAAUUUUUCCUGGCACUUCAAUAUAUGCUUGUAUUGAAGUUCUUGGAGAAAAAAAUUUUUGAAUUUCUACUUUGGUUUCUAGUAUGCACUGCAUGAAGACUGAAGUUUAUUGUGCGUAUCUGUAGAUACAUUCAUGGGUUUCUACAAAUACCUUCCCUAACUGGGAUCGUGCUCAACCUAUGCAAAUAUUGGGUCACAAUGGAGAUAUCAACACUCUAAGAGGCAAUGUCAACUGGAUGAAGGCGCGUGAGGGGUUACUGAAGUGCAAGGCACUUGGUUUAUCAGAGGAUGAAUUAAAGAAGCUUUUGCCCAUUGUCAAUGCAAAUUCAUCUGAUUCAGGAGCUUUUGAUGGCGUGCUUGAGUUUUUGGUUCAAUAUGGAAAAAGUCUUCCUGAAGCUGUUAUGAUGAUGAUUCCUGAGGCAUGGCAAAACGAUAAAAAUGUGGAUCCUCAACGUAAAGCAUUUUAUGAAUACUAUUCAGCUCUCAUGGAGCCAUGGGAUGGACCAGCUCACGUGCAUAUCCUCUCGACAUUGGCUUUACAAUUUGGCACUAAUUUGAUCUAA